CAUUUUCGGUUUAUAUGUUAAAAUUAUAAGAAAUUUCACGCCGGAUCUGAUGGUCACACUGUCGUUUGAAUGUGACCAUUUGUUAUCAAAUUAUUUCCAAAUGCGUUAGAGGACAAGUCAAAACAUCGUUAUGCGGAAGGGGACAAGUCAUAUUAUAAAUUAUUAUUUUCCAAAAAUAGCGUUUGUUAACAUUGUUAUUAAUAAUAAUUAUUAUAUUCAACUAUCAUUGUUCCAAAAGCAUACGACUAAACGACUUGACAUGAUUAAUAAUUUGUGAAGUAAAAAGUAUUAUUAUUUUAAAAAAAGCUUUUAUUUACGUUGAUUAUACACAAUAUUCAUACUAUGUCAAAAAGAAUUCAACGAAUGAUGAAUCUGGCCAGUGAUAUAAAUAGAUUUCAACCAGUUAAGAGGAAACUGCUGUUUACAAAAAAUGUAAAUCCUACAAAAAAACAUGUACAGGGUAUAGACGAGUGUAUAGAUAAUAGUGUAGUGAACAUCAAUGGUGAAGAUUAUACUAUAGUAUUUGGAAAUCAAUCCACAGACGUUCUACAUGAGAUUGAUGACAUCAACAAAUGUAACUGCAAUGAGAAUGAAUAUGAGUUAAAAAAUCCACUAUUAAUACCCGAUGAAAGCCAGAAAAGUCCCAAUAAAUCAGAUACAAUAAGUGUGAUUCCCGGGACUCCAGAUCAUAAUAUUAUAGUUGGGCAUGAGGAAGGUUUGAUCAACGAUGAGGAGAUUGAUAAUAAUUUCAAUGCAAGAAAAAUUAGAAUUAGUGUUAAAGGUGACACAGUCGAUUACCGAAAAUAUAGACAGUUUAAAAGAAAUUCUGGUCAAGAAUAUACCACUAAUAAAGGUAAAAAAGUUAAAAGUCGAUCUUCUGAGCCAAUACCAAACUGUCGAGCCAAAUGCAACACUAAAAUAGAUGAUGAUUUACGUGAAAAGUUAUUUGCUUCUUAUUGGUCAAUAAACAAUUUUAACAGAAGAGCUGCAUAUAUUUCUAGUUGUAUACAUUUUACUGAUACAAAAACUACAAGAAAGCGCAGGAAUACACCAGAGAAACAAAAAAACAGAAAUAAAACAUUUCAUUAUGUUGUUCCAAAAGAUGGGAACUCAAUAUCUGUUUGUAAAAGUUGUUUUUUAAAAAUUUUUGGAGAAACCAAAAAAUUUGUUAGCAAUGUGUGUACACAAAAAUUAAAUUCUCCCAUUAGUAAAACUUCACCAGAUAAAAGGGGUAAAGCCAGUCCACCCAAUAAAAUAACACCUGGUGAUAUAACAUUGGUAAAACAACAUUUAAAUAGCCUUCCAACGUACGAAAGCCACUACUGCUGA